GUGUGUGUGUGUGUGGAGAUGGUGUCUCUGGUUGUUAAUCACUUUGGAUGCUUGUUUCCUCUGUGUCUGUGCAGGGGGAUGACUGAAGGCAUCACCCUGCUGAUCCUCGCUGUCCAGACCGGCCUCAUCGAGCUUCAGGUCAUCCACCGAGCCUUCCUCCUCUCCAUCAUCCUCUUCAUUGUUGUUGCUUCUAUCUUGCAGUCCAUGCUGGAGAUAGCUGACCCCAUAGUCCUGGCCCUGGGAGCAUCAAGAGACAAGAGUUUGUGGAAGCACUUCAGAGCAGUGUCUCUGUGUCUCUUCCUGCUCAUCUUCCCAGCCUACAUGGCCUAUAUGAUCUGUCAGUUCUUCCACAUGGACUUCUGGCUACUGAUCAUCAUCUCCUCCUCCAUCCUCACAUCACUGCAGGUCCUCGGCACUCUGCUGAUCUACAUUCUCUUCAUGGUGGAGGAGAUUCAAAAAGCUCCAGUCGAGAACAUGGAUGAAGUCAUCUACAUUGUCAACGGGACGUACAGACUGCUGGAGUUCCUGGUCGCGGUGUGUGUGGUGUGCUACGGCGUGUCAGAGACGGUGUUUGGCGAGUGGAGUGUGAUGGGCAGCACCAUCAUCCUGGUCCACUCGUAUUAUAACGUCUGGCUCAGAGCACAGCUGGGCUGGCAGAGCUUCCUGCUCAGGAGAGACGCUGUGAACAAGAUCAAAAGCCUCCCCACGGCCAGCAAGACACAGCUGGAGCAGUACAACGACAUCUGUGCUAUCUGCUACCAGGACAUGAACAAUGCAGUGAUCACUCCAUGCAGUCAUUUCUUCCACGCUGGCUGUCUGAAGAAAUGGCUUUAUGUCCAGGAGACGUGCCCCCUCUGCCACUCGCAGCUCAAGAGCCUACCAGCAGCCCCCAACCAAGAAGCCCCUGCAGCCAAUCAGAUCCCUGCAGCCAAUCAGAUCCCUGCAGAGCAGGAAGAAGCGCCUAAAAACCAGACAGAUGACUCUCUUGUAGAUGGUGGGAAGGAGGAGGGAACAGGAGAGCAGGAGGGAGGCAGUGAAGCAGCAGCAGCCUCCUCCUCCUCCUCCUCCUCCUCCUCCUCCUGUGGUGUGCCCUCCACUUCACAGCACCUGGCCAAGACUCCUUCAUCAUCUUCUUCCUCUCUUUCCUCAUCGGCACUUGUGACUGAAUCACAGAAGCAGUUGCUCACAGAUCAUCUUUCUUCGUCUUCCUCGUCUUCUUCUAACACAUUGGACAUGACCCCAUCUCUCUCUCACACCCCUCCCUCACAACCAGCGGCCCAGACAGAGGAGAGCCCUGCUGAGCCCGAGCCCGCCCCUCACCUAAACACAGGCUUCCUAUUGGACAGUCUGGAGUCAUCUGCUCGUCACACAUCAGAGCUUGACCAGCCCUCUUCCUCUUCUGAAGGACAGUCGCCUCCUCUUUGCAGCCUCUGAGCCCUGGUGUCUCACACACACACACACACACACACACACACACACACACACACACACACACACACACACCUGCAUGCACAUGUAAACACACAAUCUUAAUACUCCCAUCUGCCUAUAUUCUACUUAUCACAUCAUGUCAGAAAUUGAACUCCAAGCCCCUCCAUUUUAUAACAGAAUAUUCAAAAACCAUCUAAGCUGACAUUCAUCACUCGGCAUUGAAAGAAACACAGAUGAUGACAAGAUGUUGCCAUUUCUUCGGCAAUGGUCGUGGAACAGUCUAUCCAAAUGUAUUUCCAUGAAGAGUUUAACUUUCAUGCCAGCAAUGAUUUCAUUUUCCAUUCAACACAAAAAAGGGGAAUGAAGUUAUCUCAUCCCUGAAAGAAUUAGUAGUUUGACAUUAUGUCCACGAAAUGUGAAAUCCUGAAUGAAACUGAAGAACCACAUCACAGCUUUUUACUUUGAUAUCAGUCCUAAAAUGAUGCUUUAUGUCCUUCCCAUUUCACGUGGUGGGUGCUCCCAUCAUGCCUUUGUUUGUGCAGCUUCUCUUUCAAGGCUGUGCUUCUCCUAGUAUUUGGGUUUUCUUUGGAGUCCUGUAUGUGCCAUGAUCUAACGAGGAACGGUUUGUAGGUUUAGAGAGCCUUGAGAGGCCAGAGAAAACCGAUGGUUGCAUUAUAAACAGUGACAAAGUCAUAAUGUUCAUAAAGUCUAUAGAUUUCUCCGUCGGUUCCAUAAAGAUAUUUGGUUUUCGCUGUUGGAGGAUAGCAGUGUACGAGUGAAUACACUGACUGAAUGUUGUUGAUCACAUGACCUGAAGCCCGGUGCUAAGCAGAGCACCGGGCAUGGCGUGGUCUAUUUAAGUGUUACAGUGAACAAAUCAAAGGGUUCACAUGUGGACGAACUAAUUCAUUUCACUUGUCAAGCUUUCUUUCUCUCUCUCUCUCUUCUACUGCUUCAAUAUUUGAAUCAAACUUGUUUGGCUGGUCCCAGCAAAAAAAAAAAUCGCCAAAACUUUUGUAUAACUGUUAAAAAGAUGUUAUUUUUGAGAUAACUUUUACAUUACUGCUUUAUUGGACAGCCCACAGUGCAGACGGACUGAAAGAAGGGAGAGAAAGACAGAGGGAGAUGACACACGACAGAAACCACUGUUUAGCUGAGAAUGUGGCGGGAAUAUAAUCCCCUCGAUGUCUUUACUUCACGGUACUCAUCCGCACUCAUCUCCCUGGGCUCAGCUCAUUUUACAUAUAUAUAUUUAACCAGUCACAUACCUUCCAAAGUUUACCAUUGACAUGAAUUCAUGGUAGGAGCCAUCACCAUUCUCCAUUGAGCUCCUUCUUAAACCAAUCACAUCAAAGCACCCUGUAUUUCCUAAAGCCAUCACUAUCCUGCUGCUUAGUCACUCUGAAAUGUUAUUACCAGCAAAUUGAGCCGUUUGGUAGGAACGCUUUUCCCCCACACGAAGGUACACUCUGACGGCACCUGUGAUUAGUAAACGGGGUCGGACGGGAUGAAGUGUGUUUGUUUUGAAGAGUCUGAAUGAGAGUCUGACACUUGAGAAUGAGUCCUGAUGCACGCUUGUAUGUAGAGCCUGCACGCUGCCACUGUUACCACAGCAUUUAUUUGGGUCUCAUUGUCCUCUAACCUUGCUACCAAUGUUUUUUUUUUUCUUGUUUUUGGGGUUGCAUUUGCACUAAUGUCAUUUAUUCUAGCAACGCUCCAAAGCUGUUUUUCGGCUGUAAGCAACCAAAUACCCUCUGAAGUGUUUGUGUACGAGGAGACAGCCCAAUCUGUUUGUGUGUGAUGUAUAUAAAUGUUGCUCUGUAUAGCAUCUAUAUUAAAUCAGAAGAGUGUUGAUAUAUAAAUAGGACCAGGGCUGGGUUCCUCCAAAGCUUCCUUGUGGUUUGAUGUUCCUGAUUACUUGUCACGUCUGUGAACAAAGACAAACUUGUGUGUGUGUGAGAAGCUUUCGAGGAACCCCGCCUCUGAUGUGUGUGCCCAGCCAGUGUUGCUGCUUCUCCGCUCUGUAUGACGCGUCUUUGAGCUGGUGUGAUCACUCUGGUGCCCUCUAUUGUUAGGAGUGGGAUCAGCAUGUCGCUGACGGACAGGAGAAGCACUAGUUAACCCUCAAAUGUAUUAAUUACUACCACUAUAACUUACGGUCUUAUUACUAUGAAUGACUUAACUGUUGACAUUAGAAAGUGUUGGCUGCAGGGCUGAGAAUGAAUACAUAAUGGAUGUAGGAUCAAACCUGGCCAACACGCUCUUUAACUCUGUUUAUUUUUUUUUUGUAAAGAGAUGAAAAGUUUGAUGUAUUUUGCACUUGUUCCUCAAAAAAGGAGAACAUAAGGACUUUUCUGUAUUCUUGAAUGACUCGAUCUCAUUUUUAUUAUCACGCUCCAUUCCUUCGACUUUGAUGUAAAACAAAGCACUUGAAAUGGAUACAAAGAUUUGAAAGCUUCACACACUCCUGGGGUUUGACUGUGCGGCGUGAGCUGUGUCGAGCACAGGGAUCACCUGCACGACAACAUGUCACAUGCUCCACACGAUGAGAACUGUCAUUGGCAAUUGUAUUAGAAUUAGCAGUGCAGUAUUACGUGAUGAAGCCUGUCAGCUGUAGAUUCCAGAUGUAUUUGCUUACUUUAUACUCCAUGUUGGAGAAUUGCCGUUAUUUGGUCACUUUUCUAGACGACGAACUGUGACAUAUAGUAUUUUAUCUUAAACUCAAUAUUUAUUUUGUUACUAUACAGUAUUUUUAUUUGAUUACUAAGAAGUUGGAUACGUUAAACUAAGCUUUUCAAUGUUUUAAAGGCAUUACUUACAUGCAUCUUAGAUUUUAAUCUGUGGAAUUUACUUCAUUUAAAAAGUAUUAUAUUCUCUAAUGCUCCGCACAUUGAGCAACACACAUUUUAGAUAGCAAGCUUUAUGUUCUGUUGUAAAAAUGGUACAUGCAAUAAGUAAUUUAACAGAAAUGAUGUUAUUAUUGCUCUUAAUCAACUGGCUGUGAAAAUACCACUACAAAAGAAAGCCUAUGUGACCUAUACAACCCAAUAUUUCUUAAAAUGGUAGUUAAUGUGUAUUCAUUAAACAUUGCUUGUAUUGAAUGUAAUGUAGUAAGCAGGAGAGGAUCUGAAUACAUGUAUCCAAUAAUGGCUGAAGUUACUUUGAAAUCUGAAAUCCAGAUGUUUGAGGCUAACUUUCUCACACUUUGAUUAAGCAUAUAUUGUAAUGGAAUCUAUAGCUGCAACAGAGCACUCAUAUUCUCUGAGAACAACACUGCUGUCCAAUGCUAUUGCCUCUGACUUACAGACGUUAGUUGAUUGGUGUUCAGGGCAGCUCUAGAGAUGCCCGAUAGAGUUUCGUUUGAAUUUAUUUCCUUUGUCUGUUUAUCAGACACAUUUGGGACCUGCUCUGUAGAACCUGACUCUGAAUGCCGGUUGUUUUUCACAGUUGGUGUUGGAAUUUAUGCCUGACAUGCCUUGGUUAUUUUACAAAAAUUGAAUGUCAGAAAUAAAAAUGAACCAUCCGUUCUGAUCUCAUGCUU